GAGAACCCAGGUAAGGUCAAGGUUAGAGGUACUUACGUGGUACCUCAAGAUGGACCUAGCCACCUAGGUGAAUCUUACAUCACGCGAACACAGGAAGCCUCCUCAAAACCCAGACAAGAUGGCGGUAAGGAAGAAUUAAUUUUUGUGGCAGCCUUGGAGCAUUCGAUCAUUUCUGAUCUGUGCACCGCGCAUUCUCUGAGAAGCUAUCACGCACUCGGUAAUUACCGCGUGGUUACCCAGCGAGGAUCCUGGAUAUGCAACCCAGUCGCGCGCGUAUGGACUCCCCAGAAAAUCCACCGCAGGAUGACGGGCCGCAGGAUGAGCCGAAGAAUCCGCGAUGUGUUAUGCAGCAGCCAGCUGCAGCCUGCAGCCCAGGCGGCUGACGGCUCGUACGACUGGCGUUGA